GUGCGUCCGCGGGCACAACAUUCAGUCGCAGACCGCACUAGACCAGACCUAGAUCAUCAUCCUAGCCAGUCGUUUGAAGACGAGUGGGGUAGCAGUCCAAAAAUAAACCAAAGUCACCGAAGCAGCCGUAAAAAACCAACAAAUCUCUGCCAAAAAAAAACUGAAAAUUAAUUUUCCAUUUAGCGCGAAUCGUAUCGAUGAAGUGACACCGUGUCGUUGCGUGGAAAUUGCGUAGUUGGCUAGCCCGGAAAAUUGUCAGCCCAAAAAACAUAACAUAUCUUUCAUGUCUUGCCAAAAUCUUCGCAGCGUUAAGGCCAACGGAGUAAACAGCUGCCGCCGUAUUCAUAAAGCGGCAAUGUCAGCAAUUUAACGCGAAAAGUUAAGUGAAAAACAAAGCCAUCGGCGGUAGAGUAUAUAGUGAAAAUAUUUCAACACAAAUAAAUUUAAAAAAAAAAGCAAAUAUUAAAAACUUGCACAAAGUCAUUGGACAAGAGUGGAACAACUUUUUCGGGACAAACAAACAUUCGACAGAGGUUGGAAAAAUUGAUUUCGUUAGCCUUUCGCCAGCACCAACUGGAUGGGUAAAGUUAUGAGAGUAAAUUCGUUACCGCCGCCCACAGCCCACAACAGCCACGCCCACUCUCGCUCCAAGCAACAAAAGCAGAAACAAUUGAAGUUGAAAAAAAUCGAAAUCUAUUUUAUGUUCAGCAAUCUGUGCAAGAGAAAAACUUUAACGGAGUAUAAUUUAUUGACACUAAAGCGUAUCCCGGGAAGUGAGUAAUUAAUUCCAAAAAGUGACAGUGAUCAUAGAGAUUCAAUCAAAACAAAUCAAUAAUAAAAGUAAACAAAUCAAACAUUAAACUAAAAUCAUACAAAGCUUAAGAACCAUUGUUUUGUGAGUGAGCGUGGACUGUUGGAGGAUCAAAGGAUUUUAGGCAACAAGCAGAACCAAAAAAUCCUUGAAUAAAAAUGGUUGGAGUCACGGCCGAUGCCUCGAAGGCGGACCAGCUCUCCUCGGCUAAGAACCCGAUGAUCAAGUACAUGCUGAAGACCCGCGAGAACCAUGCCCGCGAGCAGGAGCAGGACUAUUCUCACGUCUUCCGCCGGAAGACGCGCUUCGAGAUGUUCCGGCUGUCGGCCAUUGCCAUGGCCAUCGAGUUUGCCUACGCGGCGGAGACUAGCUUCGUGUCCCCCAUCCUGCUGCAGAUCGGGGUGGACCAUAAGCACAUGUCCAUGACCUGGGGCCUGUCGCCCCUGAUUGGAUUCUUUGUGUCGCCACUGCUGGGCAGCAUCAGUGAUCGCUGCAAACUCAAAUGGGGUCGCCGGCGUCCUAUUAUUUCGAUUUUAUCCUUUGGAAUCCUGUGCGGCUUGAUAUUGGUUCCCUAUGGCAAGGAUCUGGGACUUCUACUUGGCGAUGCUGGCUACAGCUAUGCUGAUGCAGCCGCCUUCAAUAUAUCCCAUGCCGGAGACGGGUCGGUGGCUGCUCUGGUUGCAGAAGCCCCCAGUGGACCCUCGGCCUCCGACUUCAAGUUUGCGGUCAUCCUCACGAUCCUGGGCAUGGUGCUGUUGGACUUCGACGCGGACACCUGCCAGACCCCGGCUCGCACCUAUCUUCUGGACAUGUGUGUGCCUGAGGAGCAGCCCAAGGCCAUGACCAUGUUUGCACUCUUUGCUGGCUUCGGAGGCACCAUCGGCUAUGCCAUCGGAGGCGUGGACUGGGAGACCACGCACAUCGGGAACUUUAUGGGCGGAAACAUCCCCACUGUCUUCACUCUGGUUACCAUUAUUUUUGUGAUAUGCUACCUAAUCACGGUGACCACCUUCCGGGAGAUCCCCUUGCCCCUGAUCGAAAAGGACGAGCUGCUGAGACCACUCUCCGAGAAGGCCAUCAAGAAGGAGCUGAAGAAAAACAACAACGCCAUCUACUACAUCCAAGAAACCACGCAGUUGGAGCUGCAAAUGGCCAGUGAUGACCCUAAGAAGAUGGAGGCUAUGCAAGGCAGUUACCAGAACGGCUACUCCCCGGCCCUGGAGAAGCCUAAAAAGACGCAGGAUGUGGAAAACCAGUCGGACGCGGAAAUGGACGCUCCUGUCAGCCUGCAGGCCUAUCUUAAGAGCAUCUUCAUUAUGCCCUAUUCCAUGAGGAUGCUGGCCCUGACCAAUCUCUUCUGCUGGAUGGGUCACGUCACCUACUGCCUCUACUUCACGGACUUUGUGGGCGAGGCGGUGUUUCACGGCGAUCCGGUAGCUGCUCCCAACUCCGAGGCGGCUCUCAACUACGAGGCCGGAGUUCGAUUUGGAUGCUGGGGCAUGUCCAUUUAUGCAUUCUCCUGUUCGAUAUACUCACUCUCUGUCACCAAGUUGAUGAAGUGGUUUGGAACCAAGGCUGUCUACAUUAGUGGCAUGAUUUACUAUGGAAUUGGAAUGCUGGUGCUUGGCUUGUGGCCCACAAAGUGGGGUGUUCUUGUGUUCAGUACCUCCGCGGGAAUACUCUAUGGCACCAUCUUCACAGUGCCCUUUAUUCUGGUGGCCAACUAUCAUGCCAAAAAUUGCUUUGCUGUUAAGAAUGGAGAAACUGUGCCCUUGAAGCAGGCUCGUGGACUGGGAACCGACGUGGCCAUCAUCAGCAGUAUGGUGUUCAUUGCCCAGCUGAUUGUGUCCCUUUCCGUAGGACCUCUCAUAGCCUGGAUGCAGACCACCUGUGCCGUGCUCUACUUGUCGACUUUCCUGUCCUUUAUGGCAGCCAUUGCCGCCAUGUUCGUCCUGUACGUCUAAGGACAUGGCCAGAUUAUCGAUCCUGUAUGCAUAUAAUCCAUCUUGUGUCAUUAACAAAUAUCUUACAUGAAUUUUACAUGGCUGUAGAACAUGUAUCUAUCAGAUAGCUGUGUAUCUUUGCCUACUUUUUGGCAGUAUCUGCGACUGCACUCACAAUGUUGUGGCAUAGUUUAAGGUUGCAAAUGAAAUUGAGCCUGUGUUCGUUUUUUUUUUUUAAUUGGCUUAUAAAUAAAAUUCUAAUAAAGAA